GCAGUCCCACUGUUACCAAGCUGCUCCUGCCUCAUGGCACCAAUGGUGGUGGACCUCAUUCUCGGUUGGUGGUUGGUGGCUGCGAGCAGGGCACAGCAACUGCCCCGACCCUCCCUGUCACUGCACCCCAGCCAGGGGGUGUCCCUGGGGGACACCGUCACCCUGCGCUGCCACCUGCCCCGGCUGGCUGCCUGGGUCUGGCUGUUCCAGGAAGGAGGUUGGUCAUACAACAAGGGGAAGGAGAAGGAGCGGGACACGGCCGAGUUCUCCUUUGUUAGCACACUGCGGGAACACGCAGGUCGUUAUCGGUGUCAGUACCGGGAGUCUUGGUCAGAAGAGGCGUCAGAGAAGAGUGACCCCGUGGAGCUGGUGCUGACAGAUGUCAGAUAUCCCCCAUCCAGCAUUUCCAUUCACCCCGAGCAACAUGUGGGAACAGGGACCAAUGUCACCAUCAGCUGCUGGAACAAGGAUUACGGGGCCACCUUCCUCCUGCACAAGGAUGGGAGCUCAGCCCCUAUCAAGCACCAGGACUCCAGUGGUGGAGGUGCUGCAAACUUUACUUUCCUUGCGGUGACCCCAGCUGACAGUGGCACCUACAGGUGCUCCUAUCGCCCCAGGGGUUACCCCUUCGUUUCUUCACCCCUUGGGGACAGCGUGAUGCUGGAGGUGACACCCACCCCUGCACCCCCAGGGACACCCAAACUCCCGGACCCCACAGGUGCCGAGGAGCAGUCCCGUGCCAAUCUGGUGAUGGCACUGGUGAGGGGCUUUGUGGCUGCACUCGUCUUUGGCCUCGGAGUCUUCUUUGUCAUCGAUGCCCUCAGCCUCUGGAUACAGAGAGAUGACAACUGUGGUGCCCCCCCCCCAGUGACAGUGAGCGUCUGACCUACGCCGAAAUUCAUGCUGUGACCCCUGCUCCCCGGCUACCCAUCAGCCCCCCAUUAUCUACACCCAUGUGGGCCGUUGGGGACCCCUGCUGAUACCCCCCACACCCACAGUGCUUCAUUUUUAAGGCGCUGUGAAUGGGACACACCCCAAAUUCCCCACUUGGAGCUCCGUGAUACAGCAAUCCCAUCCUUAUAGCCCUAAAUCCCAAGAAAUCAAACAUCCCCAAAUCCUCCCGUGUGCAGCUCAUCUCAUUUAAAGUCCACCAAAUCCCUGAAUUCUCCUCUCUCACCCCCAAAUCCUUCCUGAUUCCCCUCAAAUCCUGUAACAUCCCUUGAGAUCUCUCCAUCACCUCUCACCCUUACGUUCCUUCUCUGCUUCUCUCCAUUUCCUCUCUUUCUUUCUUUUUCUCUCUCUCCCUCAUUUACCUCCCGGUCAUCUUUACUCUUCUCCUGCAGCAGCCAUAACCUCAAUUUCCCUGGAGGUAGCAGAGAAAGCAAUAACACCAGUGCCAAAGUAUCCUUUCUCUGUAUUACUCAUUCAUUGUUUCUUAUUCUAAGUCCCCUAAUUUCAGUGCAGGGCAGUUGAUUGGCUGAUGGUGGACAGUUCAAUAAAUGGUCUUCUGUCGUUCCUCUGAGUCACUGUCUGACGCUGUUGCCCUGGAGAGCCCAGGCAAGCACGGACAGCCCUACUGGGGCACUGUGCAGAGAGUGUGGCAUGCGUUGGGGGACACCAUGCCAGGGGACACACUCACAGCCCUUUGGGACAGUGUGUGACACCCCAGGGUUGAGAGCGUGUGGGGCGCCUCAACAGUCACAGUGUGCAGAGUGCACCUCUCCACUUGUCCCACCCCAGAGGGACCCCAGAGUGCAACCACCCCUAUGGGCUAAUAUUGCCACAUCAGGACGUGACAUCACAUCAUCCUGUCCAAAAAGGGGAACUGACAGCAGCUGUCCGGACACUCUCUGUCCCCUCUGCAGUCUCGCUGUCCCCAAGCUGCUCCUGCCUCAUGGCACCAAUGGCGGUGGCCCUCAUCCUCGGUGAGUGACAAAGGGGACGUGGUGCCACAGGGGUUGGUGGCCCUGUGUGGGACCAGGACCGUGUCCCUUGCAGGUUGGUGGCU